AUGGCGACUGCAUCGUCAAGUUUGGGGACACAGUUCCAUGAAGAACUGACCUGCAGCAUCUGCCUGGAGCUGUUCACCAGGCCCAAGGUGCUGCCCUGUCAGCACACCUUCUGUCAGGACUGUCUACAGGACCAUGCAGGGAGGGGAGGGGCCUUCCAGUGCCCAAACUGUCGUCAGCAGGUCAGGCUGCCACCCCAGGGGGUCACAGGUUUGCCAGACAAUCUCAUGGCGGCAAAUAUGUGUGAGAUACUCCAACAGCAGACUUCGCUGUCAGGUCCAGCAGCAAGGGGUACAGGUCAUCACCAUGGUAACCACAGGGAAAGAGAGCAGCAUUCUCAGAGGGUGAGAUUUGGUGGAAAGAGAUCAGGAACAGGACAGUUUGGUCGUCACUCAGCCCCUGCACCUGCACCUGCACCAAUCCCAGCAGAACGUGCAGCAAGGGGGAGGGGUCAUCGCCAUGGUAACCAAUGGCAAGGGGAGCCUCAGUCUCAAUAUCACAGGACAACAAUUGGUAAAUCAGGAUUUGGGCCAGGACAGUUUUAUAGUCCAUCCGGUGUUACAGUGUCAGAAGAAGGGGAGAUCUUUGUAGCAGACAGGGAUAACCAGAGAAUCCAAGUCUUCACCCUGCAGGGAACAUUUGUAAGACAGUUCCCAACAGUGGUGCCAAGACGUGAAGAGAAGAUAAAACCAGAGGAUGUGGCCCUGGACGGGAAGGGGAACCUGUGGGUGGUGGGGAGGACAGAGUUUGCUCAAUUUGCUGUGCAGUACAACAAACAGGGCAGGGUGCUGAGGAAGUUUGACCUACAGGAGUCAGAGUGGUACAGAGGAGUUGCUGUGGAUACCAGGAGGAACCACAUCCUCAUCACACAAAUCACAGGACACUUGCUCAACCUGCAUGACAUGGGAUGGCCAUGUGCUGUUGCCAUGGCACCACAGGGACAGCUGGUAGUGACUGAUAUAGAGAACCACACAGUCUCCAUAUUUCCCACCUACUGA